AUGGCGACGCUUACCACGAGGCAAUUGCGAGGCUCGGAAGACUCGCGGACAGCGAGUGAAUAUGUUUCGCCGGUGUUUUCCACUCCGCAGUCCCCCUCUCCAGCUUCUUCACUAGAUGGACCCAAUCUCCCCGCGGUCAUCGGCUACGCGUGUCGCGUAGCUGGGGCGGAUCGCCCGAGCAAACUCUGGGAAAACAUCGUCGAACAGAAGGAUGUGAGACGCAAACUUCCCAGGGAUCGAUUUAACGUAGACACCUUUUACCACCCGGAUGGAACACACAAGGGAACAACCAAUGCAAAACAUGGCUACUUUCUGGAUCAGGAUCUGGGGGCAUUUGACCGCACUUUCUUCCGGAUUUCGGGCAAGGAAGCGGAAGCAAUGGAUCCCCAGCAGCGCCUGCUUCUGGAGGUAGUGUUUGAGGCAUUCGAAGACGCCGGAAUCUCCUUGGAGGAGAUGAACGGCUCACGCACCUCCGUCUUGUGUGGUGCCUUUACCAACGAUUACAAUGCCAUGCUGACCAAGGAUCUGGAAUACUAUCCCAAAUACACCGUGACGGGAACGGGGAACGCCAUUCUCGCGAACCGGAUAUCUUAUGCCUUCAACCUGAAGGGGAUGAGUCUGACAAUUGAUACCGCAUGCUCGUCGUCGCUCGUGGGGUUUCACCUGGGCGCACAAGCCAUCCUCAACGGAGAAUGCGAAAUGGCGAUCAUUGUCGGCUCCGCGCUGCACUUUGACCCGAACAUCUUCAUCACCAUGACCGACCUGGGAAUGCUGUCCCAGGAAGGACGCUGCCGGGCGUUCGACGCCGGGGGCAAAGGAUACGCUCGGGGAGAAGGGAUCUGCGCCGUCAUCCUGCGGGGCCAGAUGCAAGCCGAGAUGCACGGCGACCACAUCCGCGCGCUGGUCCGAGCCACCGGAUCCAACCAUGAUGGCAUGACGCAGGGAAUCACCCUACCGUCCUCGGAGGCUCAGGAAGCCCUAAUUCGGAGAACCUAUCAGUCUUGUGGUCUCGAUCCCGCCGACACCCAGUAUGUCGAGGCCCACGGAACGGGCACGGCGCGCGGGGAUCCGUUGGAGAUGCGCGCCAUCGGCGCCUGUUUCUCGUCUCCACGACGGUCUGAUCCUUUAUACGUAGGCUCGGUGAAGAGCAAUAUCGGCCACGCGGAGGGGGCGUCCGGGCUGGCGGGAUUGAUCAAGGCCAGCAUGGCCCUAGAGAAAGGACAGAUCCCCCCUAACAUGCAUUUCAAGCACCCAAACCCGGAGAUCGCCUUUGCCGAUUGGCAGAUUGAAGUGCCCACCCGGUUAAUCGACUUUCCCAGCAAUGCCCAGGGCACCCGACGAGUCAGCAUCAACUCCUUCGGCUACGGGGGCUCUAACGCCCAUGUCAUCCUCGAGUCCUACGACCAACUGCCCCAUGUCCAGCCCACCGACCCGGGGGCGCAUCGGCCAUACUUGGUGCCUUUGACCUCGCAUACGGAGAAGGCAGGCAAGCUGAUGGUAGAGAAACUCGGAGCCUAUCUCGACGACAGGCCGAGCACCCUCGUCGUGGAUCUGGCGCACAGUCUGGCCACUCGCCGCACGCUGCAUGACGAGCGGUCCUUUGCUGUGGGCGCGAGCGCGGCCGACAUUCGGACCCAGCUAUCGGAGGGUCUUCCGGCCUGGACCAAAGUCCGCCGGGAGCCAGUGCGAUUGGGGUUUGUCUUCACAGGUCAAGGGGCCCAGUGGCAUGCCAUGGGCCGUCAACUUCUGGAACAGUGCCCCUUCUUCCGCCACACUCUGGAGAGGGCCGAUCGCGUCCUCGCCACCCUCCCUGAUAAGCCGGAGUGGUCGAUCGUGACGGAACUCACCCAGCCCAAGGAGACGUCGCGACUGGGUGAAACCCGACUAUCACAGCCCAUCUGCACCGCGCUGCAGCUCGCCAUUCUGGACCUCUUGAAGAGCUGGGGAAUCGUUCCCCAGGCCACCGUGGGCCAUUCGUCCGGUGAGGUUGCCGGUGCGUACGCGGCGGGGAUCUUGACCUUCGAGAAUGCAAUGUAUGCGGCGUACUAUCGAGGCCUGCAUAUGUCGAGCCCACGGUCGUCCACAUCACCCGGAAGGGAUGCCAUUCCAGGGGCAAUGUUGGCGGUGGGACUAGGCGAGGCUGAGGCCAUGGCGGAGACUGAGUCGUAUCGUGGUCGAGCGGUCGUUGCCGCCGUCAACAGUCCCUCGAGUGUGACGCUAUCCGGGGACGGGGAUGCGAUUGCCGAAAUCAAGGAGAGAUUGGAUGCCCAGAAAGUGUUUGCUCGGCGUCUCCAGGUGCAACAAGCGUUCCAUUCCCACCAUAUGGACCCGCUAGCCCCGGCCUAUGAAGAGGCACUUCGCAACUGUCCGGGCUUCGCGACCACGGCCCCGGCAUGUCGAUUCUUCUCCAGUGUGACGGCCCGCGUGGCAAACCCCGACACGAUGGGUCCCCAAUACUGGUCGGCGAACAUGACAGGCACCGUCCGGUUCUCCGAUGCCUUGAUCGGCAUCCUGCUGGAUGAUCUGGAAAAUCCAAACGUCGAUGCGCUCGUCGAGAUUGGACCCCAUCCGGCGCUCAAGGGCCCGGCUCGUCAGGUCAUGAAGAGCGUGAAUAUGGACCUACCUUACUUCGCCUCCCUGUCGCGUGGAGUCCCCGACUACGAGGGGAUCCUGGCUCUGGCGGGUCAGCUAUUCCAACUGGGUUAUCCUGUCGACCUCACCGCGGUCAAUAGUGACACCUAUCUGGCCGACUCCGAUCCCCCCCGGCAGACCCACCGGGCCCAGAGGAUUCCAGAUCUGCCCCUAUACGCAUGGGACCAUUCAGACCGGUAUUGGGCGGAGACGCGACUGAUCAAAGAACACCGUCUACGUCCGCACCACCAUCCCAUCUUGGGGGCCAAGAUGCCCGGAUCAAUCGAGGGCCAUGUGCGGUGGCGGAACUACCUGAGAACGCGCGAGCUUCCCUGGCUGGUGGACCAUAUGGUCGAUAACAAGGUGACUUUUCCCGCGGCUGGCUAUGUGACCCUAGCGAUCGAAGCAGCCCUUCGGAUGAAAGACACGGUGAUGGCAGCCCAAGGGGUCUCGCUACGCAACCUCUCCAUCAAGUCCGCGUUGGUACUCGAUGAGUCCGAGAUGGGGAGCGAGGUGGUCGUGGACAUCCGCCCCCAGACCACGUCGGCCAAGUCGAGAUCGGAUACCUGGCUGGAGUUCACCAUAUUCUCCUACAACGGCAGCCUGACCUGCGCCGAGCACUGCACGGGGCUGAUAUCGAUCUCGACUGCCACCACCGCGGACGGUGCCCCGUCACGGAAGCCCUACAGGCAACACCCGCAGCGGCAACCGGGCAGGAUGAGUACCGCGUCUUUUCCCGCGCAAAGCUUCUACACCCAUCUUCGUCAGCUCGGACUCCAAUACGGGGAGCAUUUCCAGCUCCUGACCGGAACCAUCGAGUCUGGGGCCGGCUUCUCCUCCUCCAUGCUGACCUUUGAGCCGGCGCAAUAUGCCUCUCAACCCGCCGACCGGACCGUGGUGCACCCGACCAUGUUAGAUGCUGCAUUUCAUACCAUCUUCGCCGCCCUGGAAGGUCUUUCCGGCCGAACCCUGCAGACAGCCUUCGUCCCCACGUUUGUCCACUCGCUCGACAUCUUCCCGGCCAUGCUGUCCGGGAUGGAUGCCCCUCGGCCGCUCGAGGCGCGCGUGGCUUCGUCCGCUCAUUUCUCGGGCCCGCGUGCGGCCGUCAGUGAUGUGGAUAUGUACCGACAGGGCGACGGCGAGGCGCUGCUCUCCCUGGCUGGCCUCCGUCUGACCUCGUUGAGCAACGGCCGGGCUGCCCACAAUCGCUCACUGUUUUUCCGCACGCGCUGGCAGCCGGCCUUUGACCAGCUGGCCGAGGAUUCCCCGGCUCUCCAGGACCAAACACUGGCGGGAGUCUUGGAUCUGUUUCUUCACCAACAUCCGGACACCAAGAUCCUGCAUUUCACCCCUGAUAUCAACCAGACCCGGCAGCUGGUCGGCUGCCUGGUCGACCAAGGCAGCGAACGUCGACGGUUCCGAUCCAUCACGCCCGUGGCAACUGGGGGCGCGUUCGCCGAAGAGCUCGAGCGGGUGCAGAGGGAGCAGCCGGGGUGCCUCGUGACGGGGGAGCCCGAGCCGGAGGCCUAUGACUUGGUGAUCGUCAGCGAGGCGCAGGAAGCACACCCUCUCCCGUUUCUCCGGGACGGGGGCUACGUGAUCAGCCACGGCUCGGCCAUCGAUGAGACAAAUUUAACGAAGAGGUUUCAGUGUGCGGAUGUCGAAGUGUGGCAAAGGACGCGCGAAACCAGGCGUGACGUCCGGCCUCUGCUGUUGGCAAUGGCUCCCACCCCUUCGCGCCGGACCCUAGAUCUGGCGUCGCACAUCAGAGCGGCAAACCCCGACCGGCCGGUGUCUUGCCUCGGGCUCCAGGAGCUUCUGGCCCGCAUGACCGGCGUCGAAGAUGUGGUCGUCCUCGCCAGCUUGGAUCGGGAUCUCUUGUCGGGUCUAGACCCGCAGGGGGAACUGUUCUUCGAAGCCACCCGAGCCCUCCUCAUCCGCCCGGAUGUCAAUGUUCUCUGGCUACUGCAGGACACCACCGCCCCUCGGCAUGUCGACAGUCUGGGGAGCUCAAUGAUCGUCGGGCUGGCUCGGACGGCGCGGUCGGAGAAUCCCAGCUCGCGCAUUGUGACGCUCGAUCUCCCCGUAGACUGGUCGCCUGCCGCGGUGGUGCCCUGGCUCCCACAGCUGUUGGACCCGGAGGUGCACGAGGACGAAUUUCACCUGCGGGAUCAGGUGCUCUCCAUUCCGCGCAUCGAAAAUGAUGAUGGCCUGAAUUCCAAGGUCCCCGGUGGGGUCAGCUCCGGUCCAAGACCCGAAUCCUUCAGUGCGCAGCGUCCCAUGCGGCUAGCCAUUGGGCAAGCCGGCCUCCUGGAGACGCUCGUGUGGGAAGACGACGUGGAGAUCCUGAACGAGCCACUCCCGGACGAUGAGAUUGAGAUCGAGGUCAAAGCGUCCGCGCUCAACUUCCGCGACGUGGCGGCCGCGAUGGGGAUCAUCGAUGACCAUCGCCUGGGCGACGAGUGCGCCGGUCUCGUCCGGCGCGUGGGCCAGCAGGUUGACCCCGCUGCCUUCCAACCUGGGGACCGAGUGGUCGCCCUCCGGCCAGGCCGGGGCGCCCAUCGAUCGGUGGUCAGGAACCCAGCCUGUCACUGCUUCCGACUCGGGCCCAUGCCGUUUGAGCAGGCGACGGCGCUCCCCCUGAUUCUGACCACGGCGUACUACUCCCUGGUGGAGACGGCACGACUGCAGCCGGGCGAAACGGUGCUGAUUCAUUGUGCCGCCGGGGGAGUGGGCCAGAUGGCCAUCCAGAUUGCGCAGCAGAUCGGGGCCAGGAUCAUCGCCACGGUGGGAUCCCCCGCGAAGCGCGAUCUGCUCCAGUCCCGGUACGGGCUGACGGAGGCGCACAUUCUCUCCUCGCGGGAUGCCAGCUUCGUCGACGGGGUGAUGCAACUCACGGACGGACGCGGCGUGGACGUCGUCCUCAACAGUCUCUCGGGCAAGCUCCUGCAUGCCUCGUGGAACAGCCUGGCCACCUUCGGCCGCUUCAUCGAGAUUGGGAAGCGCGACAUCCAUGAGAACACCCUGAUCGAGAUGGACCCCUUCCGCCGGAAUGUGCUCUUUGCCUCGGUGGACAUGGUGACGAUCUAUGCCCAGAACCGCGCGCUCGGGGCCCGGAUCUUCGACCACUGCUGCAACAUGGUCCACGAAGGCCGCAUCCAACUGCCGGCGACCAUCCUGGCUCUGCCGUACUCGGAGGCCGUCCAGGGCUUCCGACUGCUCCAGAUGGGCCGCCAUACUGGCAAGGUGGUGUUGGUCGCCGAGGACCAGGCCGACCAAGUGCCCGUGAGUCCGCCCACCUGGAACGCGGUGGCCAACCGGCUCAGCCCCGACAAGACCUAUCUGCUGGUGGGGGGCCUGGGGGGCUUGGGGCGCACCUUGACGGAAUGGCUGGUGCAGCGACAGGCCAAGCGCAUUGCCUUCUUGUCGCGAUCGGGCGCGGAUCGCCCGGAAGCCCAGGCCACCGUCGCAUGGCUGCGGGCGCGUGGCAUUGCGGUCUCCGUGCAUGCCGGGGAUGUCGCCGAUCCGGGGCAUGUGCAGGCCUGCAUCAAGGCGAUCCCGGACCUGGGGGGCGUGUUUCAUGCCGCCAUGGUGUUGGCGGAUGCCCCCCUCGAGAGGAUGAGUUAUGCGCAAUGGCAUCGCUGCGUCCAGCCCAAGGUCCGCGGCGCCUACAACCUGCAUUGCGCGACGGUGCACUGCCCACUGGACUUCUUCGUGUGCUUCUCCUCCAUCUCCGCGUUCUUCGGCAGCAAGGCGCAGGCGAACUAUGCGGCGGCCAAUGUGUACCUGGACAGCCUCGUCCGGUACCGCCGCCAGCUCGGCCUCCCGGCCUCCAGCAUGAACUGCGGGCGCAUCACCGGGGUCGGCGUGGCUGCGGCCGAUGCCAGUCUCGAACGGUUCAUGGUCGAAGAGGGCUUUGACGGGGUCAACCGGCAGGAGCUGCUCUAUCAAAUCGAGGAAGCUAUCUUCUCUGCCGAUCAGCCCGCUCCUCUCUCAGGGCGAGGGACCGACAUGUCCCAGACCCUCACCGGCGUGACUCUAGAACGAGACGACGUGUACUGGGCACAGCGAUCCAUCUUUCGGAAUCUGUACCGCAACCACGACGUUGAGGGUCAAUCCCGGCCUGGGGCGGACGAGGUCAAUCUCUCCGUUCAGCUGGCUCGCACGAUAGAUCUCUCGGACCGCGUGGCCCUGCUCAUGGAGCGCUUUGUCGACAAGGUCUCUGUGGUGCUCGGUCUCUCGCCCGAGUCUCUCAAGCCCGCCGAUCCGGUGUAUGGUUUGGAUUCGUUGGUCGCCGUCGAGCUGCGCAAUUGGUUCACCAAGUCCGUCGGCGUCGACAUUGCCCUGUUUGACGUUCUGGGAAGCCCAUCCAUCCAAGCCCUAGUGGAAAAGGCCAUCGGCCUGUUCGAUGCGCAGGUCCAGCAGCAGCAGCAGCAGCAGAGUGUCCAGUCGUCGUCUGCCCCGUCCAACGACGACCAGUCCCCGACAUUUAACAAGAAUCUCGACUCACAGGAUCACUCCACCUCCCUGCAAAUCCCCAAAGCGGACUGCUCGCGUCCACUGCCAAUGUCCACCUUCCAGAAUCGGCUGUGGGUCUCGCAUCGCUUUGCCGCGGACAAGUCUCGCAUCAAUCUCGCAAUCACGAUGCAUCUGCGGGGACAGGCCGAUCAUGGCAUCUUGGAACAAGCUCUGUCCGAGUUGAUUGCCCGCAACCCCAUCCUGCGCACCGCCUAUGGGGAAGGCGAGGCGCAGGACGAGCAGAGAGUGAUGGCUCCCCGGCCCUUCCACCUCGGGUUCCAUGAUCUCUCCAAAUCCGGUCCCAGCGAAGGUCCCACCGCAUCCUUGGAGACGCUGGUCGGGUCCCUGAAGCGCAAGGAGAUGAGGAUUGAGGAGGGCGAAGUGCUGGAGGCGACGUUGGUCCAAAGGUCCAGCACCGAGUGCGCCUUGGUCCUCAUCAUGCACCACAUCUGCACGGAUCGCAGCAAUUCCCAGUCCUUUGUGCGGCAGCUGGCUGCCCUCUACGACGCCCUCCGCCAAGGGCGCAGCCUGAGCACGAUUCCCGCGCCCAAGGUGACCUACGCCGACUUCACCUUGUGGCACAAUCAUCUGCUCACCUCGCCCUCCAUGGGAAAGGGGGUCGAGUACUGGAAGCAAACGCUGGCGGGCAUGCCGGCCAGCUGCCAACUGCUGCCCUUCGCCAAGGGCGAGCGGCCGUCGUGGGAUGAGUACGGCCGGGAGACGGUGGUCGCAGCACUGUCUGCGCGCCAGCUCCAACGCAUGAAGCGCAUCUGCUCGCAAGCGCGCACGAGCCCCUUCCACUUCCUCUUGGCCGCCUUCCGGGCGUUUCUGCACCGAUACACGGCGGACGAGGACCUGACGAUUCUCAUGGUGGACGGAAACCGCCCGCAUGCGGACCUGGGCGAGGUGCUGGGCUUCUUUGUGAAUAUGGCGCCCAUCCGAUGCCGGGAUGCUUGUGCCGGCAGCUUCGAGGCGCUGUUGAAAACCAUCGGGGGCCGGGUGCUCGAGGCGAUGGCGCACAGCCACGUGCCGUUUGAUGUGAUUGUCGCCCAGACGCAGGGGGCGCGCACGCCGGCGCAUUUCCCCGUGAGCCAGGUCCUGGUCAACUACCAGCAGCCCGACGAGCAGGCCCGCUAUCAGACCACGGACUUCACCUUCCAGGGCACCGAGGUCCAGAAUAUGCCCACGGGCUGCGAGUUGAGCCUCCAGGCCCGUGAGGAUGCCGAGCACGGCCUGCAGCUCGAGCUCGAGUACGCGACCGCCCUGUACGAGGACGGGGAUAUGCGGUGCUUCUUCGACAACUUCCAGACCUUCGUCACCAGCCUGAUCCAGGACCACCGGCAGUCCAUCCCGGAGGUCCGCCUUGCGGGGACUCUGGAGUUGGAGCGGUUGGCCCUCCACUGCUGGAACAGCCACCCCCCCGACCAUGGCUGGCAACCGUUGAACCUCCCCCGACGGAUCGUCGAGGUGGCCGAGACCCAGCCGCGCGCCAUCGCGAUCACGACGUCGGCCGGGGAGGCUGUCACCUAUCAGGACCUCGUGGCCUCGGCCCGUCGGGUGGCCUUCUCGCUGCAGAAUCGGGGCAUUGGCCCGGGACAAGUCGUGGGCAUCCUGGCCAGCCCGGGGAUUGAGCUGGUCACCGCGAUGCUGGGGGCCUUGUUCAACCGGUGUGGAUACGUGCCCUUGGAUCCCACCAUGGCCGUUGGCCGUCUCGCAUAUAUUGUGGGCGACUCGGGGAUGCAGUUGCUGCUGAUCGACGAGGAAUCUGACCCCCUGGCCUCGUCGUUGGGGCGGGAGUCGCCCAGUCUGCCGAAUGUGAUGAGUAUCAAAAACGCCACUCGCGCCGCCUGGCCAGCCGAUCUUCUGCGGUCGUUACCGACGGACCCCUUCUACAUGAUGUAUACUUCGGGAAGUACUGGGACCCCCAAGGGAGUGCCGCUCACCCAGGAGAAUGUCGGGGAGAUGCUGGCCGCCAUGCAGGCCCGGUUCAACUUCACGCGCGAGGAUCGCUUCCUCCACCAGAUCUCCCCGUCCUUUGAUCUGUCCGUGGUGGAACUCUUCUCCCCGUUAUGCGUCGGGGCGAAGCUCUGCAUUGCCACCAAGACCACCCGCAGCGACCCGCGCCUGUUGGGCGACUAUCUGCGACAGGCGUCGGUCACGGUGACCUACUUCACCCCGACGCAAUUCGCCUUGGUGCUCGAGCACAGUGGGGCGUCGCUGGUCGCCUGCCCGGACUAUCGGAUUGCGCUCCUGUGCGGGGAGCGACUGCCCACCCGGCUCGCCGAGGCAUUCCAUCAGCUGGCCUGCGCGGCAACGCUGUACAAUGCCUGGGGUCCCACGGAGGCGGCGGUGCAGACCACGAUCCACCGCGUGCAGUGGCCGGCAGACCAGACGCUCAACAUCCCCAUCGGCCACGCCGUGGGCAGCUGCCGCCAUUACAUUGUGGACGCGGCCAUGAACCCCCUGCCCGUGGGCUUUGUCGGCGAAAUCUGCAUCGGCGGCCCGCAGGUGGCCCGGGGGUAUUGGAACCGCGCCGAGAGCAACCGCCAGCAGUUCCUCCGGAAUCCCUUUGCCUCGCCGGACGACCAUCGCCGCGGCUGGACCCGGCUCUUCCGCACGGGCGAUCUGGGCCGGUUCCUGCCGGACGGACAGUUGGAAUUCCUGGGCCGCAUCGCCGGCGACAAGCAGAUCAAGUUGCGCGGCUUUCGCAUCGACCUGGGCGAGAUUGAACAUGUCCUGCACCGGCACUCCGGGACCCCCGACGGGCAAGGCAUCGUGGAUCUGGCGGUCAUCGCGCAGUCCGCGCCGGAAGAUGCGGACGCUUUGACCGAUGAUCGGUGGCUGGUGGCCUUCAUCGUGCCGAAACAGGCGAUCCCGACGGAGGCCGCGAAGCGAGCAUACGCCACGCUGCUGCACACCCGGGCCAAACCCUACCUGAACCGCUACAUGCUCCCGGCCGCCUAUCAGUUCGUCGACCAGCUGCCCACCACGGCCAGUGGGAAAACGGAUCGCCGAGCCCUGGGCGCCUCCCAGGCCCCGGGCACGCCCCCGCAGCACGGCGCCGGCCCCGCGGCGGCGUCGACGCUGGACCCGGCGCAGGCGCAGGCGCAGGAUCGGGCCGACGAGGAGGUCGGUGACCGCACCAUGGCAACCGUGACGCGCGUGUGGCAGGAAGUGCUGAGGCUGGACCAUGACAUCCCCGUGGAACCGACCAGCAAUUUCUUCGACAUGGGGGGCUCCAGCACGCUCCUGCUUCGGCUGCAGGGCAAGCUGCAAACCACGCUGUCCAUCCCGAUCAGCCUGCAAGAGAUGGUCCGCCGGCCGACGCUCGUGCAGCUGGUCGAACUGGUCCACAGCAAGGUGCCCCGCGAGGGUCAGCCACCGCCGACGCCGGGGAGCCGCCCCGAGGAGGAUGUGGUCGAUUGGGCGCAAGAGACCACUUUGCCCGCCGAGACUCGCUACCAUCCCCCCAGCGCCCCGAUGAGUCCGGGCGGACGGGAUAUCUUGAUGACGGGGGCCGAGAGCUUCACCGGGAUCCAUUUGCUGGCGCAACUCCUGACCUCGCACCCCAGCGGCACCAUCCAUCUCCUGGGCACGCACCACCCCUGGGACCAUGCGCAGGUCUUCCACCGACUGCAGGAGUACAACCUCCUCAACGCCACGCUCACCCCGGAGCAGAUCCUGACCCGCCUGCGCAUGAUUCCCGGCAGCUUGGCCGAGGGCUCUCAUUUCGGGCUGUCCCCCCGCGCCUUCGAGGCGCUGGGUCGAUCCAUCGCGACCAUCUACCACCUCGCCUCCGAGGUUUCCCUCCUCAAGACCUACCACGACCUCAAGCCCAUCAAUACCGCCGCCAUCCUGCCGCUGAUCGAACUCGCGCGCUGGGGGGCGCCCAGCCCCAUCCACUAUCUCUCCACCUGGAGUGUGCCUCACCUCCAGCUCUGGACGGCGCCGCCCACGACGCCCGCGGUGGUGCACGAGGCCAGCGCCGGCCACUUCACGCCGCCGCCGACCGCGGACCAGGGCUACUUCAAGUCGCGGUGGGCGGCUGAGAUGCUGCUCACGCACGCCGCCGCCCGCGGCUUCCCGGUGACCAUCUAUCGCGCCUCCGCCGUGACCGGCAACCCGACCACGGGCCUCCCGGCGCCGGCCGGCGACUUCGUGCGCAGCCUGAUCCUCGACAUGCUGCGCCACCGGCUCGUGCCGCGGUUCGCGCGCGAGUCCCCCGCGCCCGUCGUCGUGGACUUGGUUCCGGUCAACUAUCUCACGGCGCUCCUGGCCCACCUCGCCCAGCGCCCACGAGCGGCCGCCGCCGAGGGCCCCCGCCCCGCCGGCGUCGAGAUCUUCCAUCUCACGAACCCCACCCCGCUGCCGCUCGACCAGCUGCCGGGCUUGACCGGGUCGAUCCGCGGCGACGCCACCGCGGGCCGCGUGGUGAGCGUGGACGACUGGCUGGCCGCGGCCGCGGCCGCGGAUGAGGACGAGCAGCUGCGCGUGCAGGUGGCGGGCGGAUACUUCCGGCGGGGCCAUCAGAUGUUUGCCCUGGAUCGCAGGCGGACCGAUGCCGCGCUCGGCGGGGUGACGGAAGGGUGGGUGGACUGUCCUCCUGUCGAUGCGAAUUACCUCCGCGCGUUGUGGCUGCAGAAGGUGUGA